AUUUAUUGCAUUAGAAUACCCAUCUACCAAACAACAUGUCGUCUUUUUCUGAUUCUAACUUCUCCAAAAAGCUUUUUGAACUGAACAACACACAACAGAGCAUCCAGACGCUGUCCUUAUGGCUGAUUCAUCACCGGAAACACUCGAAAACAAUUGUACAAGUGUGGCACCGAGAGAUUAUGAAAGGGAAGACUAGUAAGAAGCUGACAUUCUUCUAUUUGGCCAAUGACGUCAUCCAGAACAGUAAAAAGAAGGGGCCAGAGUUCACCAGAGACUUUGCUACAGUCCUCCCUGAUGCUGUCAGAAUUGCAUCAAAAGAUGCUGAUGACAAGACGAAGAGGUCACUUGAACGAGUGUUGAACAUAUGGCAGGAGAGGGGUGUUUAUGUUAAAGAGUUCAUCAGGUCCAUGAAACACCAGUUAACAAGUAAGAGCACCCCCACUGUGGUCCAGCCUGAACCGGUUCAGCCGGCGGUGAAGAAGAAGAAGCACGAUCAGCACUUCCUGUCUCUCCGGGAGGAAGUGGAAGCCAUGGAGCCCCUCCCCAUCCCUCCUGAUGCUGAUAAUCUCAUCAAACGUUUGUCAGACCUGGAGAGUUCAGCUUCCAGUGACGCUGCAGUCAGAGAAAAGAUUGCGGCCUUACCCCAGGAGGUCUCCGACAUUUCUCACCUUGACAAAAUUCAAGGUAAACAAGACAAGGAAUCAGCAGAUCGUCUGUCGAAGCAGGUAGAGAGUGCGUGUAUGUUGCUGUCGGACUACAACCAGAGACUCAACUCAGAGCUGGAGGAGAGGAAGAAAGUUGCCCGGAUGCUUCACGACUUUAUACAGCAUCAGAGAGAAUGUCUCACCGAAGCAGAAAACAGGAUGACGGAAUAUAAAGGCAAACUAGCGAAAGUGACGACAGUACGUCAAGAGCUGAAGUCUCACCUGCAGAACCUCCCCGAUCUCACUCUCCUCCCUGACGUCACAGGGGGACUUGCCCCCCUACCAUCUGCGGGGGACCUCUUCAGUUUAUGAUAGUCAUGUGACUACUAGACACACUUGGAAACAUUAGGCUGAUAUCAAAUGUAACGAAAUAAACUGAUGAUAUUGAAGGUAUUGAUCCAGAAUAAUUGAAGUUUAGGGCAAAUGUUGGGGCAACAUAACAGGACUGGCAGAAUGGUGUAUUGAGUCGUCUGAUUGUGAUUUUAUGUGAAUGGAAGAUUUUUGGUUAAAACAUGGUAGUUCACAGCUGCCUCAUAGUGAUUUGUCAUCUCUGAGGCCAAUCUAUUGUCUUGUACAGAUACCUUGGUCAAUGUGCCAAGAAAGAAGGGGCAAAUUAGGAACAGUUUAGACUGUUUUCAGGGUUGGUUCAAGGUUAAUUUAACAAAACAAUUGUAGCAAGGAUGAAUCUUAACCUGAAACAUCUACUAGUCAGACUGUGAUGAUGUAUAAGGACACCCCCUUUAAAGAGACAGUACAUCGACGGUUCUGUGUUUUAUAUUAUCCUUGAAAUAAUCUCCGAGUGUGACGUCUCAUGCCCGAUGCAGUUGUCAAACCAAGACACUAGAGCUCCACACAGUGAAUCUGACAAUGCAAGUGCUGCGCAGAGUAAACUAGCUUCGGGAAUGUUUUUUUAAUUAGAGGCAAAUUGAAGUGAAAGCUUGUGUGUUUUUCUGAUGGAUGAUUCACUAAAUUGCCAACGUGAUUAGAUCAGAAGCAAGUGUUUAUCAAAUCCUAGAUUACAAUACAGAUAUGCCUCAGUCGUAUGAAGCCAAUCACUGUCCCUGCGGCCAGCUGCUCUAUACUGCUGUAAAAAAGUGAAGGACCAUCUGAUUCGUUCAUAUUGCAAUUGUUGAUUGUUUUGGCAUGACAGAUUAACUAUAGUAAUAUGAAAGAAUCGGGUGAUCCUUUACUUUUUUUUAGUAGUAUAUAUAUAUUUUAACAAACGUUUUGGUUUGCUCAUCUUUAAAACAAGGCCUGCUGAAUAAGAGAUGCUGGUAUUGUGUGUGCAGCAUCUGUUUCCAUUAGUUACAAAUGAAAGGAUGUUGUCCUGGGCUGUAUUUGAAGCAGGGAGGUAAACACACUAAACACAGUAUCAGUACUGGAAACAGGGAUCCGGAAACGGUCAUACGCGAUUGGGAAUCUCAAAUGUCCGAUUUAAAAUAUUGCUUACCAGACAUUUAAAUUUUUCUGUCCGAAGGGCUCAAUAACGUGGAACCACUAAUUAACUUGUAAUGUGUGUGAAAAGUUGUACAAAAAUACGCUAUUUGAAGUGGGCGUGGCCUAAAUGCAAAUGUCCGAUUGGGAUUUUAAAUUUUCCGGACCCCUGACUGGAAAGUAAUGUUCAGGGUUCAGUUUUGGUUUUAAACUUUUAUAUGUUUUUUUAUGUCCUUUUUAGAAUGUCAUCCAUUAUUUGUUUAAGUAUUUCAUUAUAAUGUUAACCAGGAAAUGUAUCAGUAACCAUGAUUGAAUUUCAUGUAUAAUGCUCUCAAUACUUAGUCAAGUUUGGUAAAAUUUGCAAAUAUGCAGUUCUCACCCUUUUAUUGCAAAAUACAAACCAUAUUUUUAAAGAUUGACUGAUCUCUAAAACCAAUUUAAAGAAAGGCAUUUAAGCAACAUUUAAAGGGAGACUUUGGUUGGGGUGUCAGUCCCAGCAUAGAGACAAUAUACUCAUUAUGAUUACAUAGAAGGGGGUGUUUGAUUGCACAAAGGCAAUUUACAUUGUUUUAAUCAGAACCCAUAUUCCUGUGAGUUUCAUCCCCUUUAAGUGUCUGCUAUCUUUCAUGGUAGUCGUGCGUAGCAAUAGCUGGAUGUCUGAUCAGUAACACACAGUGUCCAAUACAUUCAAGGCACUCACUACCUGGGGGUUAAAGAGUAUCAGAAUGGGGAUAGGGGUAUAUUUUCAUGUCAAAGAGAUCCUUGAUGCCCAAGUUGUUUCACCAUGUUUCACCAUGUUUCACCAUGUUUCACCAUGCCACGCAAAAUGAUUUAAGUUGUACGUACAUGUAUUCAGGGGCAUGUUUGAUCCUUUCCUUAUGAUUCAUUUGAGGUGUUGCAUGUUCUGCAGUUGAAACUGGUAUUUGGAGUUCAUUUUUCAUGUUCAUCUUUGCAUUUAUAACUAAGUCCACAAAUCAAACUGUUUUGUGUGUCGUAAUCUUGUUUUGUCAUGUCCAUGAUGUCAGCUUGUGCUGUUGUAUCAAUAUGAUACGAGUCUUCCAUAAGAACAUUCUUUAUUAACAUGGGCUCGGCAUGGGUCAUCUACUUGACCAGGGUCUGAGGUCUCACAACAUGCUGGCAGGGUCUGCUUGUCUCGGGUUUGAAUCACAGAAGCCCCAUGACUAUGAUCCUUCAUCAGCCACAUACUAGUUCUUGAAUGGAUGAGACAGUUGUGGUUAACGCCACUUUGAGCAGUAUUUCAGUUAAAUCACGGCGUGUCAGCUUAAAGCAGAGGAAAGCCUUAAGUAAUAAAGGUCUCAGACGUUAAUCACUUCGAUGAAACCCACAAGCUAUGGUGCUGACAAACCCAGACAAAAUCAGGGCGAACCAGGAUUUGAACCCACGACCAUAGGUUUCUGGCAUGCCUAAGGGACACAACACUGCCAAACAAAUUGCAACAAAAGAGAUUUAGCCACCUGUUUCCGUACCAGUUCCCGAGAAUUGUUCACAAGAGACUAAUCAUCUAUGACUGGAAUAACUUUGCCCUUACCGGUGACACACAGCGAUAUAUUGAAAUACAUUUAGGGCAGUCCCAUUAGAUCAGGUCUUUUACCUGAUUUGAUACCUGUCAUCGUCUACGAUCUGAAAAAAAACUCCAACUCACUCACACUCCCUGUAUAUUGAAAUGUAUAAACAUUUAUUAGAUAUUUGAUCAUUCUCUGAUACAAAAAUCAAUAUCCCCAUCACGUGUGAGUGGUAUGGUAGAUUGAAAUUAUUUACCCAGUUUACACUUGUGGGUGUAACUUAAAUUGUAAAUGCUCAUUGCAGGCAUUUGAUUGGCUGUUUUAUGGUUCAUGGACAAGCAUUUGAGAAAGAUAUUUAGUCCCCCUGGUUCUUCAGCUACUGACAUGAAGCAAUCGUGACAAACGUUCAUGACAAGGGGUAUUUUGGUAAUCGGGUGAGUGAGUGAGUUGGAUAUACGCUACUUAUUUCUGUCCUAUCAUAGGGGUGGGUGGACAUCACUAAUGGGAUUCACUCAUUGUACAGAAUCAAACCUGGUACUUAAUUUGUCUGAACAAGCCAAACCUAUAACCUGUCUACCACCACCCCUUAUUCCACAAUUGGUGCAGUAUGAGUGAAUGAAAACAGAUGCUUGAGUGAGUGUCAGUCAGAUAUCAGAGGAUUGAUAUGGGUGUUAUGCUUUUAUCUUUGAUAGCCUUUAUUAUAGCUUAGUAUCACAAUGAAUAUGUACCAGCGAUCAUGCUUUUUGUGACUGAAGGAUUAUUGCCUUUCAGAAACUUUGAGAUGUAGCCAUAAGUAACUGUGAGAUUAGAUGUUUACAUUUUUGGAGAAAAAAAAAUUUCAAUGGUUGCAUCUGGAUACAAAUAAAAGACUGAAUUUCAUUUUUGUCAUUUGAAAAUCAAACCCAAUAUUUACAAUUAAUCAGAAAUAAUGAUUGGUUGUUGGUUUGGUUUGUUGUUUAACGCCGCACUCAGCAAUAUUCCAGCUAUAUGACGGCGGUCUGUAAAUAAUCGAGUCUGGACCAGACAAUCCAGUGAUUAAUAUCAUGAGCCUCGAUCU